UAGGUGGUUUAAAAUGUACAUGUAUUUUCAAUUGAAGAUUUUUAUACACGUGGUGUUUGUUAUUAGCUCAUUGUUAAUUGAAUCUAUUCAUUCAGCAAUCAGCUGUAGGGAUCGCAGUGUCCAUUUAAGGUUAGAUGGUGGUCUCUGUUUUGAAAUCCCUCCAUGGCAAUACUUACCAGUGGAAAUGGAUCAUCAUAUAGCUAAAGUGAAGGAGGUUUGGGGCAAUCUGUCAUCUGUUAGAGAUACGAGGAGAUUUAGCUUGAGUAUUACUAAUAGUAAAAUAAGUCAAUACGUGGAUACAGUGAUUGGCCCGUUUUUGGAUACGUAUCAUAAAAAUAUCCAAACUUCAUAUCAGCAGAUGACCAACAAAAUACUUCGGAAGACAAAAGAAGAAAUAAACGCGGCGAUACGAAUAAAGCACAAAGUAUACGAAGACUUGAUUAAAAUGGCUGAUCGAUUGGCUGUACCAGCAAUGUGUGAUGAGGAACGUCGGUACGCGCGCACUAUUGCAAGCCGUCACGUCGCUCAGAUCUACAAAUGUACGGAGGAGGCGAGGAACUCUAUCACAAAGAUGGGCAAAUACGCUGAGGAAAUGAUAACAAUCACACGGAAUCAUAUGCAAGCAGCAUUAGCUAAUGCUACCAGCAAAUUCGACGUUAACCAACAAUAUAAAAGAGAGAGUGAUAAAAUAAAUCAUAGCGUUUGUUUGAAAGAGCUGUCGAAGGCGGCGGUGUCUCUCGGGUACGAGUUGGAUCUCAGUUUGACGAAUGCACGUCGCUACAACGAGCAGUCCUGCGAGAGAUUCACCGUUUGCUGCACCAGAGCUCGUAAAGAUACUGAGGAAUCUACCGCCGCGUUGAAAGAUUAUCUGUAUCAAUGUGUCUAUGCUUAA